AUGCGUUUUUUAAAUCGAGUGAAAUUUUACUUUUCUCACCAAAUUUCGCUUGUGCUUGGCUGUUGUCUGGGCAUAACUAUUUCCCUCAUACUGCUUCCUAUAACGGAAGAGCACUGCUCUCGGCAACAGAAUUUCCUGCCAGUUACUGGCGCAUCGGAAAUGUCACCUCAGUCAACGACAGUUGACGAGUAUCAACCUGUUCUUAAUUUGCACAACAAACCGAAGAAUUCUCAUUUUGAAAAACCUCAAGUUCCUAGGUCUCGGUACUACUCUACCGAACUCGGCAUUCGCGAGAAGCUGUUCAUUGGUGUUUUGACAACUUCACAAACGAUUUUAACUCUAGGUUCCGCCCUGAAUCGUACCCUCUCGAAACACGCAAAUAAAAUUAUUUUCUUCCUACAGGGCUCAGAAGCUGAAAAUGUUGAUUCGAACGUUGGGGCGGUAGUAGCCUUCUCUGAAAAACGUGAUAUCCUCGCGCCGUUUAAUAUGUUGCAAUAUGUGUCUGAAAAUUUUCUCAAAGAGUAUGAUUUCUUUUUCUUCGCGCGAGAUACUACACAUGUUCGUGGCAAAAAGUUGUUUGAGUUAACAACUCAUAUCAGUAUAACUCAAAAUGUCCAUUUAGGACGGCCUCUGGACCCUGACUCUCUAUACUGUUCAUUAGAUGCUGGAAUUUUACUGUCUCAUUCUGUAUUUUUUCAAACUGUGAAGGACCUGGAGUGGUGUGUGCAGCAUACUUUUUCUGAAAGUGAUAGCGAUAAUUUUGGCCGAUGCAUUUUGCAUGGUACAGAUCAACCUUGUGCUUCCACUGUACAGGGCUAUACUUACAUAUCUCACCAAGUGUCAAAACAUGAUGGCCUAGAAACAUCAAUAAAAAAGUCAUCAUGGCCAAAAGAUCUUAAAAAUGCUCUCACAAUCUAUUCAGUUUCGAGUCAAGAGCAGCAUUUCAUGAUACAUCAUUAUUUUUGCCAACAAGAGCUUAUUGACAAUCACCAUGAACUGCGGGAAACUCAGAACAAAAUAUCAAACAUCAGCUUGAACCUUCCUCAGAAUUUCAGUGACAUAUCCUGGCCCAUCGGAAUUGAACCUCCAUUCAAACCACAUCAUCGUUUUGACGUCCUGCCUUGGAUUUAUUUCAAUACCACACACAAUUUUUGGCAAGGCGAACUGCAAGUGAUAUCCGAAGUUAAAGGACUCAAUAAACUUGAAAUUGAAGAUUUACUCAAGUAUACAGUUGAGUGGGCAAAGUCUACUUACAACGGCAGGUACAUAUUCCAGAAAUUGGUUAACGGAUAUAAGAGAUUUGAUCCUACAAGGGGAACAGAGUACAUGUUGGAUAUGAUAUUCCUAGAAGAUGCUACUGGCCGUGAAAUACUUAAACGGAUUGCAGCCGUCAGGCCUCUGAAUGAAGUGGAAAUAAUUCCUGUUCCUUUUGUAACCGAGCACACAAGAGUGGUUCUUCUGGUGGUCAUUAAGGCAAAUGAGAGAAAUGAAGCGCUGAGAUUUUUAGAAGAUUAUGCAAAAGCUUGCAUUGAAAAGCAAGAUAGUACUGUCAUGUUGCUUGUGUUUCUCUAUGGUCCGCAAGAUCCAGGGAAGGGAGAAAAAGAAGACAUAUUUCGACCAGUUAAAGACUUAGUCGGCAGUCUUGUAAACAAGUACAGAUCUAAUGGUGCCAAAAUAGCAUGGUUCAGUGUGAAAACUACCGGUGAAAUGCCUCCUUACUUUGCUAUCCUCGACUUGGUUUCCCGAAAGUUGUCAACAGAAUCCUUGUUGCUUUUGUGUCACGUUGGAAUGGAGGUUCGCUCUGAUUAUAUCAACCGCGUCCGGAUGAAUACAAUUCUCAAAGCUCAAGUUUUCUUCCCUAUCCCUUUUCGACAAUACCAUCCCUCAUUGGCUUAUAAGCAUAUCACUCUCCCAGAUAACGUUGAAGUGAAGAAAGACCUCGGGCAUUUUGAUUCUGAGAGCUACGAGCAUGCCAGCUUCUACUUAUCCGAUUACUUAUCCGUCAGAAAGCAACUGGAAUCGGUAAUCCCGGUAAUCAAGUCGGACAAAGAUCUCAAGAAUGCGCAUUUGUAUAACCAGCGGUAUGACUUGUUUGAAAUGUUUCUUCAGUCAAAACUGCACAUGAUGAGAGCUGUGGAACCUGAUUUGAGGAUAAGGUUCAAAUUUGAUGCCUGUGAUUUCGAGUCUAACAUUGGAACAUAUCAAGAAUGCCUACAGAAUAGGGAAGAAAAUUUAGGCACAAAGUCUCAAAUGGCUGCUGCAGUUCUGUCGCAUGCUGAACUUGACACGAAAGACGGUCUGCAAUUUAAUGAUAUUUUGUAG